UCACAAGGAAGGAAAGUCGAGCAUGCAUGCGAGCUGUGCAGAGCAGGCUGAGGAGGAGCUCCAGAGUCCACACACAGUAAUGCGCAGGAUUCAGGGCGGAGCUGUCCAGCCGCAGUGUGCAAUAAGUGGUGAGCUGGAAUCCAUAUUCCAGUGGUUCGCGUUGCCCCAGUAAGAAAAGGCUGAGAGGCAGCAUUAGAAGUUUUCUCGCAGUGUUGAAGCUGUGUCUUGCUCUUCAUUUGACUCAAUGGACUAAAAGUAUCCCGCUUGGAUGCAUUUUCAGACGAAGGCACAGUUGUUCACUGUGAAUCUGAUAGCGGCGGUGUCUCAUUGCGAAGGAGUGUCAGGAAUCAAGGGGCCUUUGGGCUCAUCGAAAAACUGGGGCAGGGAGGGUCUGCCGACCAAGCUGCACUUUGUAACCACUUUUUGCAAGCAGGAUUUUAAGAAGUGGUUGUUCUAAGUACUGCUGAUCGACAGUGGCCAUGGAGAUUGUUGGGGACGACGGCACCCUCGUCCAAUUGCCCCUCUCCUCCCUGAAGUUGAUUGGGCGGGGCUCCGGGAUCUCCACCGAAGACCGCACCAUCGCCAAGAACCAAGCUUCCAUAAAAGCAGAGGAGGUCUUCACUGAGGAAGACGAUGCGCCUCCCCCUGACAACUGGUGGGAAAAGGCUCCGCUCAGAGGGGGUUCCGGAAAGGGGGGAAAGAAGCACAGGGUUAGAGUGGAGGCACUGGGGCCAAACCCAAUUUGCGUUUUGCUCCAAGGGGAGGUGGAAAGUAAGGAGAAAGGGGUGGGGGGGAAGACGGAGGUGAGGUUUCUGGAGCAGGGGGAGGGGUGCUGGCUGGACCCUGGAGACCGAGUCUCACUGUCGAUAGUGAAGCCUUGUUUUUACACAGUGAGGGCCCCCGAGAAGAGAGGGCUGUCAGGGAGGGUGCAAGAAGCGAUGGAAGGGUCGACAAAGCAUGGAGAGAGAAAGCGUAGAGACCGAGGAGGGGAAGAGGGGGAAGAAGAGCAUGCUACAGGGGCGGUGGGCACGGAAGAGGGGGCGUACGAGGAAGAGCCCAACGAUGAAAAGGCAGCCAGCGGACACUCGUCGAAGUAUGGGGGAAAGGCGGGAAGCAAGAGAGGGCGAGGAGAGGGGAACGAGAUUGGCGUGCAAGGUGACGGCAAGCGAAGACGAGAGCAGAAAGUUGAGGACGUUGGUAGGAUGGCAGAUAUGCGGGCAGUUGGGAGCGCAGUACAGAAGUCGGAUGUGCGGAAAGGUAAACGGGAUAAGGAACUAGACUUGGGUGGCGACGAGGAUGGCGACAGGGAGAGAGGUGCUGAUGAGGGCACGCCUCCAGACUCGAAGCGGGGGCGGAGAUCUGGAGUGGGCCAGCAAGAAGCGGGGCCGCCGGCUGCGUUUGACCCAAUCAAAGAAUACGGCCUUCUUGUUGAAGGCGAGGAGUUCGACCAGUACGACCAGAAGAAGGCCCACAACACGCGUCCUUGGACCUGGCAGAUCGGGCCGUCCAAAAAGGAAGACGACUCGGACGAAGAACCAUUCGACGAGGAAGAGCAAGAAAAGGGGGGGGGAGCGCCUCGAGGGGGGGCGCGGGGAGGCGCAAAAGCAGGCCCCCGGAAAAGCGCGGCGAGGGAGAGGAGUAAAAAGGGGGAAGACGAUGAGGAUGAGUGGACGGGCGAUUCGGAAGAAGAAGCGGAGGAGGUCGAAGAAGUGGAGAAGGGUCUGAGGGGUUCGGGGCGGGCGCCAGCUGUCGCAACAAGGUCGCACGACCGGUCAAGGGGCCGGAGAAAGCAGGUCGCUGAUGAGUCUGAGGACAAAGAACUCAGUCGGAGAUGGAGGGGAGAGAAAGAGAAAAGUGCAAAAAGUGCGAAGUCGAGAAAGGCAAAGGAAGUUGCAGACAAAGUUCAGGACGAGGGGGGAUCUGAGGACGAGGGGACUUCUGCGAGAGGAAGAAGCGGGGGAAGGAGAAGUGCGAAAGGGGCCAAGUCGAGUGGGAAGAAAGAGGAGGCGCCGAAGGGUAAAGGCGGAGCAGGGAGGAAGGCGCCCGCUUCGGCGGAAAAGACGGGCGGACGGAAAGGGAGGAAGGAGAGCGAGAGCGAAGAGGAGUCUGGAGAGGACGAGCCAACCGCUGAGGAUCUGGAUUUCAUCGUGGAUGAAGAAGAGGAGCAGGAGGAGGAGGCGAGCGACGAAGACGAGGAAGAGGAGUGGGAAGAUGAGGAGGAUCCAAAUGCGCCAAAGCGGAAGCCGAAGGGAAAGCAGGCCGCCACAGAUACGCGGCCGAUGUGCAAGUACGGCGGCAAGUGUUACAGGAAAAAUCCAGACCAUCUCCGAGACUUCCGCCAUCCGUAAACCUGUAGAAGGCGCUUCAACAACACUCACGACUGCGUACGUGUUGGAUAUAUUACUCAUGAUCACCGGCACUUCAAGAGCCGUAGAGUUCAGCAAACAUACAUAUGCAUCAUGGCAUCGUUGUCAAUAAACCGUCAAAAUAAUAUUACCAGAUGCGACCAGCUUAAGAUUAUA